GCCGAUGAUUGCACAGCCGACCCGCUGGGUGCCACCGGGGCGAGUUUGUGGGUGUACAAGAACUACCCGGGGCUCUUCUACGGCGUACCAUUCCUCAACUUCGUCGGCUGGGGCUGCAUCUCUUUCCUCGUAACCGUGCUCUACCUCAUCGUCGAGAAGUUCAUCGGCACCAAGCCACUCAUCGGCAACGGGCAUAGGAACCCGCACCUCAACGUGCGCAAGUUCCUGCCGCUCAAGGUCGUGUUCCUGCCGCUCCUGGUCUACGUGGGGAUGAUGCUCCUCUACGUGGUCACCGCGCGGCCGGACGAGCUCAAGAUCCUGGCCUUCUUCGUGAUGGGCUUCCCGACCGUCGUCGCCGUCUUCCGGCUGUGCCACGUCCGCAUCCAAGUCCGCUCCCUCAACGCCGACUACCACCUCGUCUUUGAGGAGAAAAGAACGGCCAAUUAG